CACUAUUUUUUAAAAUGAAAUAAAGGCAAACUUAAACCUUGAAAAAGAUUCUCAGUUUAUUGAUCAGUUCGUUAAGCUGACAAAGGAUGUUGUUUUAGAAUCGUUGUUGCCAUAAACGUUUUCUUUUUCAAGAUGACCGACAGAAAAGCAGUUAUAAAAAACGCAGACAUGUCUGAAGACAUGCAGCAAGAUGCCAUUGAAUGUGCCAACCAGGCUUUGGAAAAAUUUACCAUCGAAAAAGAUAUCGCAUCAUACAUUAAAAAAGAAUUCGAUAAGAAAUAUAACCCCACAUGGCACUGCAUAGUUGGCAGAAAUUUUGGAUCAUAUGUUACUCAUGAAACGAAACACUUCAUUUAUUUCUACAUGGGUCAAGUUGCUUUUCUUUUAUUUAAAUCUGGAUAGAUUUAGACUAUGUCAAGAUAAAUAGAUUUUUUAAUAUCUUCAGUUGUUUACGGGAAUGUAUUUUGUUCUUUCUUAAUGUUCACAUUUUCAAGAUAUCUUGGUGGGUUUAUUUGUAAAAUAAUGUAGUGUAAUUUUUGUAAAAUAAUAAAUUGAUGCAUAUUGCAUAAUAAAUAUACUAAAAAACUAUUAUACAGUAAUA